AUGGCUCAGAUUCUAUAUUUCAGUCUUCUUUUCAUUGCUCUCUGUUCAUUAUCUGAAUGCUCUCAGCGCCGCUAUCACCAUAUAAACAUUGAGAAGAACUGGACUGAAGCUCAGAGAUACUGCAGAGAGAACUACACAGAUCUGGCCACAGUCAACAACAUCAAUGACAUGAACGAGCUGAUGAAGACUGUGAAUAACAAUCAGAAGGUCUGGAUUGGACUGAAGAGAACAGAUGAAUGGAAGUGGUCUCUGGGUGAUCCUGUGAAAUAUCUGAACUGGGAAACUGAAUCAUCAACUGACACAAAUAAUUGUGCUGUUAUGAGAAAUGGAAAAUGGCGUCAGCAGAAGUGUAAAGAUAAGCUAGGAUACAUCUGCUACAAUGACAGCAGUAAAUCAUACAUCAUUGAUCCUUCUACUGAAACAUGGAGAGAAGCUCAGAGUUUCUGCAGACAGUAUCAUACUGAUCUGAUCAGUGUGAGGAACCAGACUGACAAUCAACUGAUCCACAACAUCAUUAAUGAUCCUCAGACAUCUGUCUGGAUUGGUCUGUUCAGUGACUCGUUGGAGUGGGAGUGGUCAGAUAAAACUGACUCCGCCUUCAGAUACUGGAGGUCUGAUGAGCUGAUAUUGAUCCAGAAGAAUCUGAGCUGGACUGAAGCUGUGAGAUACUGCAGAGAGAAUCAUGUGGAUCUGGUUUCAGUGGAUUCAGAGAAGAUUCAGCUCAUGGUGACUGAAGUUCUUCAUCAGGCCUCGACUGCUGAGGUGUGGCUGGGGUUACGUCACUCCUGCUCUGUGGGGAUCUGGUUCUGGGUGAAUGGAGAGAUUGUGUGUUAUGAUCAUUGGGCUCCGGGGAAUGAAACAGCAGUGGACGACUGUGAGCGUGAAGUGAGAUCUGGAGCGGUUCAGUCUGGAGGAGAUCAUCUCUGGAUCAUUCUUCCUGAAUCUCACAAACUCAACUUCAUCUGUACAAGGAAAGAGAAAUAA